AUGGACGACGACGCUGCUCCGUCCCCGGCACGGGGACCGGGGCGCCGGGUUGGACCGCGUUCACUGCUGGUGCCUUGGGCGCCUCGCUCGGAGCUGAAAUUUUUGCACCCGAGCGCCUGCAUAAGCCAUGGCGCCACCACGACCACGCCCAAGCAGGCGCGUGCAGUAGCAGGUUCCGAUGUACGGGCCUCGUCGGCCACCACUAGCGCUCGUGUCCAAGGCAAGCUGCUCCUGCAGAGCUCCGUGGACUCGCCCGACGGCCGGCUCAGGCUGUCCGUCCAGCUCGUCAGCGCCACCGUCGCCGGGAGUGAUGGGCGUGGCAUGAGAGGGGAGGCGGCGGCGCUGGACGCCGUCAUAGCGAGCGGAGAGACAGAGCUCGACGUGGAGCUGCCGUGGGACGACGAAGCCCUGGGCGCGCCCGGCGCGGUGCUCGUGACAAACCACUCCGACCUCCCCGUGUACCUGAAGCUGCUGAGCCUGACCUCGCCGGCCGUCCACUUCGUCUGCGACGGAUGGGUCUAUCCCGUCGGGAAGCACCCGUACCGCCUCUUCUUCACCAACGACGCGUACGUGAAGGAAAACACACCGGCGGCGUUGCUCAAGGACAGAGAAGACGAGCUCCGUCAGCUCCGGGGAGAGGGCGUGCCGGCCGACGAGCCGCUCCAGAAAUGGGACCGCGUCUACGACUACGCGCUCUACAACGACCUGGGGAACCCUGACCUACGAAAGGACCUGGCACGCCCGGUGCUGGGAGGGUCGGAAGAGUACCCGUACCCUCGCCGUACCAGGACCAGCCGACCUCCGACCAAGACAGAUCCUGAGAGCGAGGCUAGAGUGCCAGUGGAGCAAGAGGUGUACAUCCCCUGCGACGAGCGGGUCGGCCCCGCGGUCUCAGCGCCCAGCCUUCCAAAACUCGGCGGCCAUUUCAAGUCCUUGGCCGACAUUUACAGCCUCUUUGGACUUGGCCGGCCAACGCUUCUUUACGUAGCCAUCCAGAUUCUCAUCGACGGCACCGUCAAGCCCGUGCUCUCCCUCCCACAGGUCAUCUCAGCGAAUCCAAAGAAAUGGCGGACAGAUGAAGAAUUCGCUAGGGAAAUGCUCGCAGGGACAAGUCCCGUGGCCAUCAAGCGUGUCACGGAGUUCCCACUCACCAGCAAGCUUGAACGGGCUGUGUAUGGUGACCAAAACAGCAGGAUAACCAAAGAGCACGUUGAGAAGAACAUGGGUGGUAGCAUGGCUGUGCCGCAGGCCAUACAAGAGGGCAAGCUCUACUUUGUGGAUCAUCACGACUGGGUAAUGCCGUACCUGAAGCGCAUCAACGAGCUGCCAGGCGCCGAGGAGAUGGGCGAGAUCUCCCAGAGGAAGGUGUAUGCUGCUAGGACGCUCUUGCUCUUGCAAGACGACUCGACACUCAAGCCGCUGGCGAUCGAGCUCAGCUCGCCGGACCCGGAGGACGAGCGGCACGGCGCCAUCAGCACGGUGUACACUCCGCCGGUGGACAGGGCCGGCGACGAUACCUUCACGGCGUGGGAACUCGCCAAGGCCCACGCGGCCGCCAACGACGCCUGCAAGAACAACUUCGUCCAUCACUGGCUGAACGCGCACGCGACGAUGGAGCCGGUGGUGAUCGCGGCGAACCGGCAGCUCAGCGUGCUACACCCGAUCCACAAGCUACUGAAGCCGCACUUCCGGAAGACCCUGGAGAUCAAUGCCACGGCGCGGCAGAUCAUCUUCGGCGCAGGCGACCGGCGAAAGGGUGGUGGCAUAUAUCGCGGCAUCCACGAGGUUGCCUUCUUCCCCAGCAAGUACGGCAUGGAGAUGUCCUCCAAGGCGUACAGGACAUGGAACUUCACCGACCUUGCUCUCCCCAACGAACUCAUUAAGAGAGGUGUGGCGAGAGGCGAUCCCAAGAAGCCCGAAGAGCUGGAGCUGCUGAUAAAGGACUACCCGUACGCGGUGGACGGGCUGGAGAUCUGGACCGCCAUCAAGGAGUGGGUCACCGACUACUGCGUGAUAUACUACGGCGACGGCGACGGCGCCGUCGCGGGCGACAGCGAGCUGCGGGCGUGGUGGAGCGAGGUGCGAAACGUGGGCCACGGCGACCUGAGCGACGCGCCGUGGUGGCCGGCGAUGGACUGCGUCGACGACCUCGUGGAGACCUGCGCCACCAUCAUCUGGCUCGGCUCCGCCUACCACUCGGCCGUCAGCUUCGGGCAGUACGCCUACAACGGUUUCGUCCCCAACCGCCCCACCAUCACCUCCGGGGAGGUGCCGUCCGACGCAGGUGCGGUGGUGACCGAGGCGGAGUUCCUCGGCCACAUCACCCCGAGGAACGAGGCGUUCGGCCUCAUGGCGCUCACCAUGAGCCCGCCGGUGAAGCCGGGAGAGCCGCUCAUGGGAGAGCGGCCGGACACGGAGCGGUGGACCAGCGAGCAGCGGGCGGCCAAGGCGCUGCUCGAGUUCAACGCCAAGCUGGACGCGGUCGCGGAGGCCAUCAAGAAGAGGAACGCCGACGGCGCGCUAAGGAACCGGAAUGGGCCCGUGGAGGUGCCCUACACGCUGCUCGCGCCGAGGGCCGACCCUGCGGCACCGCACGUCGGCGGGAUCCCCAACAGCAUCGCCGUUUGAGCACCACGUACGGUGCG